AUGCGGUUAGGGGAACUGGUCAAGGUCUACGCCGAAUUCAGAACAGCAACAACAAACGACUGGGGCCUCACGCAGUACUCCGUCGGGACCGCCUUCUAUCCCGCAAUCGAAAUCGGCAUCAACGGCUGCGACUUCGGCAAGGGCAGCUACUAUCUCCACCUCAUCUCCAUCUCAACCCUCGGCAACCCAAAAGGCACCAAAAUCACCACGCCGUUCGUCCACAACGGCAGCGCGUUCCUCUUCCUCGGCGGCACCGAGGGGGCCUUCGUCUCCUCAAACCCGCCGGGGCGGACCUGGAUGCGGGACACCCUUCCCGUCAUCGGCCACCAGUCCCUGCGGACGACAUGCCUCCUCGGGUCCCACGAUGCGGGUAUGAGUCUGGACCGGCUGGCGACCAAGACGUCGCCGUUCGUCACGCCCGCGAACGUGCAGACGCAGACGCUGGACGUAGGCGCGCAGCUUGCCAGCGGCGUGCGGUUCUUCGACGUGCGGCCGGUGGUGUCCGGCGGCGCAUACUUCACGGGGCACUACAGCAAUACGAAGUCGCCGCUGCGGUGGCAGGGCGCGAACGGGGUGUCGGUGGCGGAGAUUGUGGCCCAGGUUAACGCCUUCACGGCCGCGUGUGCGGAGCUCGUGAUUCUGGACAUUUCCCACGCGAUCGAUACGGACGAUAGGUACGAGAACUUCACGCAGCGGCAGUGGGAUGUGUUAUUCGACAUGCUCGCGGACCCUGUGACUGGGUUGAAGAACCUGUUCACCGCGCCUGCUGGAACAAGGGAUCUGACAAAGUUGUCGAUGAACCAGUUCAUCGGCGCCGGCAAGGCAGCGGUGGUGUGCCUCAUCCAAGCGGACCGGCACAUCCGCAUUCCCAAGAAAUACGACGGCAGGGGGUUCUACAUGAAGCACGCCUACUUCCCGGUCCGCCCGUCCGUGGCGUAUUCGAACACGGACGACGUGCGGUUCAUGAUGUACGACCAGCGGCGGAAGCUGGAGCGGUACAAGACGCGGAGGGAGGAUCCCGUUGUGGAGACGAGCUGGACUCUGACGCAGGUGACGGGCGCGGAAGCCGCCGGGUUCGGGCCGUCGAUUCUGGAGCUUGCGUUCCGGGCGAGGAAUCAGUUGUUCCCCAACUUGUGGAGGUUUUGUACGGACGACUCGUUUCCGAACUUGAUUGCGCUGGAUAAUGUCGAUUCUACGGAGUAUCUGGCUUUGGCGAUGGCUGUCAUGUGGCGGUUCAGUCUAGGUGGGAAAGGGAGGAGGGCGGAUCAUCAUCUUUGA